UGAAAACUGUUCAUAUUCAUUGAAACUGAAACAGAUUUUUCAAUUUAAUUUUUUUUUUCUCAACGAAUCAAGUGAGAGUGAGAUAUAAUCAAAAAUGUUAUCUUGUUAUUUAAUAAGAUGUGAAUGAGUCACUGCUAAAUGAUUCAAUGAGGCAAAAUGCGAGCGUUCUAUUGAAGCAGUCGUUUUACGAAUGCUGAUAACCAGAUAAUAAUUGCGUUGAAGCUGAAGAUAUAACUUAAGGUUGGAAAAGGGAGUGAGUUGUCGUGUCGUCGAGUUUACAUACAUCGACCGAAUAAGGAGAACAGAAAGUAGAACAAAAAUAAAAAGACGAAACGUGUGUCUCAGCCUUCACCAUGAAUAUUAUGCGAAAAUUGCGCAGUGGUGCGAACCAGAACCAAACACCUGCCACUAGUAAUGCAAGCAAUGAUAGCCCUGCCACCGAUUCCAUUGAGACACCCGAUUCGCCACACACUCAACUCAGUUUGCAACACUUAAAAAAACUGUUCAAUGAGUAUGCACAUCCAAGAGAGGUGCUCAACGAAGCUGAACGCGAUUUCAAAUUGUACAAUAUGUUACCACUGUUUUGUAAGGUAUUUGGUACGACACAUUCGAAUGAUAUGAGCGAAAAAUUCUGGGAUAUUUUGCCAUUUUGUCAGCAAGUAUCACGGCUAAUGGUCUCUGAAAUACGAAAACGUGCAUCAAAUCAAAGCACCGAAGCCGCAUCGAUUGCAAUUGUAAAAUUUCUGGAAAUCGAUAAUUGUGAAGAAUCAAGUAAUGGAUGGAUGUUAUUGACAACAUUAAAUUUAUUGGCCGCUGGUGAUUCGUCGCUCAUUCAAACAAUGACAUCGGCCUCGGUACCAUCCACGCUAGUCAAAUGUUUAUAUUUAUUUUUCGAUUUGCCUGAAAUACCCGAUGAGGAAGCUGAUAAAGAAGAUGGCAGUGAUUUUACGCAACGUGAACGACGAAUAUUGUUGCAAAAAAUCUUCGUUCAACUUAUGGUGCGUUUGUGUUCAUAUCCCUAUCCAAGCGAAGAAUUGGCUCGCAUGGAUGAUUUAACACUACUAUUUUCAGCGAUAACAUCACAGUGCGUAACACAAAAUGUAAUUUGGCGCAAAUCGGCGGCGGAAGUGUUAACGACACUAUCACGACAUGGAUUGUCCGAGCCCGUCGUCAACUAUAUUCAUUCAAAAGGAUGCGUUGCCCUAUGCAUUGAAAAUAUGCAGCGCGCACCUCAAUUGCAACCACUUGAAAUUGUCGAAAUGUUUGUAGCUGUGUUUUGUUUUCUCAAAGACUCCAGUGAAGUGUCACAAGUGUUGUUAGAUGACUUUCGUAGUAGUCAAGGGUAUAUUUUUCUUGCUGAUUUUUUGUUGAAAUUGGAAACAGAACGAUCUAAAAAUAGUGAUGCAAAUGCGGCCAUACGAAAUCUGGUGUUAAUGAUUGCAUCGUUGUGUAUGUGUGGAUAUACGGAAUUGCGGCCUAGUCAAAGCCAAUCGAAUCCAUUGUUCCAGAUUCAGGGUUUUCAAAUGCCACAAACAUCAUCGCGUGGCACAUCUGUGCGAAAUAUUCAUGCAUUUCAAGUGCUGCAAACGGUUUUCCUAAAAUCAAAUUCCAGCUCGUUGUGUUGUACAAUAAUUGAUGCCAUUUCCAGUGUAUAUCAUUCCGAUAACGCCAAUUAUUUUAUACUUGAACCACAAAAUACGCUCAGUCAAUUCAUCGAAAAAAUUCACGUGAAAAGUCACAUUGUACAAGAAAAAUGCUUUGAACUUCUUGAAUUUAUCGUAUUUCAAUUGCAUUUUGUACCAUGCAAAGAGCUCAUAUCAUUGUCCAUUUUACUGAAAGGAUAUCAAUCAAUCAGCUGCAACACGCUAUGCAUACGUACAUUGUUGAAUAUUUUAAGACACAAUAGCAUAUUCAAAGAUGUAUAUCGAGAAGUUGGUAUUUUAGAGGUAUUCGUUGGGUGCUUGAUGAAAUAUUCAGGUUUUCUACAGAAACAUGUAAACGUUGAAUCGGAUCCGUACGAUUUGGAGCUAACAAAUGAAGAAGACAUUGAAAAUGAUCCGAAUGAAAUUUUUGGUAAAUUGGUGAUUGAAUCACUUGGAAUCUUAUUGAAUGGAAACAACAGUAAUGCAAAUGUUUUUCGUGAGAGUGGUGGUGCAAAGUGCAUACACGACAUGAUAAAAUUCAAACACAAUCGAAAUCAUAUACUUGGCAUUAUUCGUGAACUUGUGCUAUCAGCUGGCGGCGAUGAUGAUAUGACAUUCAUUUUAACAACGAUGCAUUCGGCGCCACCACAAAAUAUCGAAUUGAAAAUGCAAAUUUUGAAAGCCCUACUCAGCUGUUUGCGUGACAGUCAUCGAACGCGGACGAUUUUCCGAAAAGUUGGUGGUUUUGUUUAUGUUACCAGUGUAUUUGUUUCCCUAGAUGGAAAACUAAGCGACGGAAUGACGAAUGAUAGCCAACAAAUCAAAGAUAUUCUACAUCUUUUACAUUUAGCAUGUCAAACGCUAUCGACAGCAAUGCGAUUUGAGCCAGCCAAUGCAAAAUUUUUCCAGCACGAAAUCUGCAACACUUCCCUUUGCAAUACUCUACGGUUGUUAGGUUGUUUCAGUACAACAACCGAAUUGAGUAACAAACGAAAUUCGACGAGUGACGAGAGUGCAAAACAUUAUUUUCACUCGUUAUUUAUGAGUAAUCCAUUACAACCGGAAUUUGAUAGCACAUAUCCAGCAUCAUUGUCAUUUGCGACGCUCGUCUAUCGUUUUCUAUACGACAUUACAUUGGAUAAUUUCGAUAAACCGAAUUUGUCGGGUCUUGCAUCGGUUACAGCAACAACACCAGCCGCGAACAGUGCACAAGCACAACAAACAUCAAAUAAUAAUAUUCCACAACCGUCAAAAGAUCCCAGAAGUUCAGUUUCAUCAUUGAAUCUAACUUUUCAGCCGCAACCAGAACCAAUCAUUGUGCAUCCAUCCGUUGUUAUUUGCAUGCUUCAACUACUGCCAUCCGUCGAACAUGAAACCGCAAAUGAAACUGCACUCACAUUACAAAUGUAUUUAGCUACACAUGUGCUAAAAAGUUUGGUGCGAAGCGAACGUAAUCAGCAAGUUAUGUGCGAUGCAGGUUUGGCUGGUCAUUUGCUAAAUAUCGGUCGAAGGUCACUGAGCGAAGAGGGAAAUGCAUUGCAUGAACCAUUACAAUACAUUCUAGAGCGUUUGGCAGCUCAAGCACUUCAACCAACUGAAUUGCGGGAAUUCCUUCGUUUGGGUUUGCCAUUAUGUUGCGAGAGUCCGAAUUUCAUUAAACCAUAUAAAUCCGGUGGAUCGGUGCAAUUGACACGAAUUAAAACACUAGUAUCCAUGACUACGCCUCGUGAUUUUCGAGCACAUGCAUCGUGUACACUUCCACCAUUUGUUGAGAUGGAUAUGUCCAGUGAAGGAUUUGGUUGUUUGUAUUUGCCGAGCAUAGCCCCACAGGCACCGAGCAUUGGAAGUAGUUUGGAUGGUUCGGUUAUUGGUGGAAUCGGAUCAGGAGAUCGUGUAUUUCCUCCACAAACUGGUCUAAGUUAUUCGAGUUGGUUUUGCGUUGAUAAAUUCAGCGAUCCACGCACCGAUCCCCAUUGUGUACGUUUGCUGACUUUGGUGCGAACUGUGAACAUUCCACGCGAAGAUAAUUUAGUAUGUCUGACCGUUUUGCUGUCGGCACGAGAUAAAGCAAUUAUCGUUUCAACACAAGAGACACUCGUCCCACAUAAUGUUGGCGAAUGGGAACCAGAAAGCGGCGGUGAUAGCAGUGCCCGAAUUUGGUGUCCAGAUUUACUACACGAAGGUCAAUGGCAUCAUUUGGUGAUUGUAUUAAAUCGAGCGGUGUUGAAAAAUUCCAGUUUCUCUCUAUUUUUGGAUGGUCAUCAUAUGCAUACUCAGAAAUUGCAUUAUAUUUCACAAAAUCCGGGUGCCAGUUCGACCAAUAUAACAGUUGCCAAUUCGGUGUUUGGUUUGAUCGGAACUCCACCCAGCUGGAGACGUCAUUCACGUUUAUGUUGGAAACAAGGCGUUUGUCACCUGAUUGAGGACAUUAUUUCACCACAAAUUGUUUCUACAAUAUACGCAUUGGGUCCGCAUUAUAUGGGUUCGUUGCAGGCUCCACAGCUCGGCAAACAAAGUGAACCGAUAAAUCCUCUGGUUGCUGAAGAACGUGUCAUGUUUGGAUUGAAUGCAAAAGCAAUGUCACAUCUUACAUUGGCUAAAAUUCGUAAGGUCUAUAGUCGUGCCGAUAACAAAGCUAUUGCAAAGCAAUUGGGAAUGAGUUCACAUGAAAAUGCAACGCCAAUUCGUAUUCUCCAUAAUUCUGCUGGUCACUUGGCCGGUUCAGCCCGAACAUUGGGCGGUGUAGUUGUUGGCUACUUGGGAGUUCGCGUGUUUAGUCCAAAUCCAGUUUCGAAAAUGAUUGAUACAGUCGGUGGCUGUAAUAUUCUUUUGGGAAUCAUUGCAAUGGCUCAAGAUGUUGAAAGUCUGUAUGCCGGGGUGAAAGCAUUGACCUGUGUGGUGCGAAGUAAUCGAGCAGCUCAAAGUGAAAUGGAUCGCAAGAGAAGCUACCAAACAUUGGCGAUGUUCUUUAAGAAGAAACGAAAUUUACUAAAUUCACACAUUCUUCAUUUGACAUUUAGUUUGGUUGGUACUGUAAAUAGUGGCCAAGAAUCGUCUGCAAUCCCAAACAUUCAAGCAUUCCAAGAUUUAUUAUGUGAUUUGGAAAUUUGGCAUGGUGCUCCAAAUGAUUUAUUGAGAUCUUUGCUGGAGCAUUUGCUGGAAUUGAGCUCGGAAUCAAGUGAAAAACGAUCAAACAUUCGAAUUAUGCGUGACUUACAACUUGUUACCAAACUACUUCACAUAAUACCAGACAUUCAUGAGCCAAAUACUUUGGAAAUCGUUUAUUCGUUGCUCUCAGUUUUGUUGGGAAGUCAACCAAGACAUUUGGAUCUUUUGUUCUUCGGACAAUAUAUUGCUGCGAAAAUUCCAUUGAGCACUUCAAACAGUGAAAAAGUGUUAAAGUUCAACCCAGAGCAGAAAGAUAUUGAUGCUGCUAUCAAAGAUGCACCUGAUCAACAGCAAAAAGAUGCGAUUAAAAAUAUUCUUUUAAGAAAUCGAUCAUUACAUUUAUUGCAUGCUCUUUUGUUUACAUCAAGGAAUACCGUAAACAGUCAUUUGUGCGAAGAUAUUUCUCGUAUUCUUGGCCUCGAUUGGCUGCUAUUGCUUUUGCAACCACAAAUUCAUUCGUCAACCGUUAUUUUGGGUAUGCGAAUAUUGGUUGUAGUGUGUGCAAAUGAAACGAUUAUCGGUCGAUUUCGUGAGGGUGUUCAGAAUGGUGGUUAUUUAAAGUUUACUGAGCAAGUGUCACAGUGUGGUGCACUUGUGUUUACUUCGCAAAUAAGUCCACAGCCUGCGUCGAGCGGUUCAAUUGUACAAGUUCAGCCGGGAUGUCAGUUGCCAGCUCAAAUUGCAAGUGAAGUGAAAACGGCUGUCUUGCGAAUUCCCGGUUUUCAGUACCUAGAAUGGCUUCUACCCCAUCAUUUGGAAGUACCUGAACUUUAUUAUUUACUAACCGCACUAAUAAUGGGCCAACCAGUAAAAGUACUUGGCAACGAUCACACAAAGUUGGAUUUGGAUCGGAUCUGGUCAUUCCUUUGGGGUACUAAUGUUUCCGUUUCACAAUCACCAUCGCCCAAAGUGCAUUUAUGUCCAGAAGGUGUAUGCGUUCUUCUAAGCAUGAUACGACGCAUUGUACACGAAUGUGAUUGUCAGUUAGAUUGGCUUGUCUCGCAUCCCGUCACCAUAAUUCAUGUGCUUUUCUCAAUGUAUCACAAUUUACCGGAUUUCAUGUCUGUUUUAAUGCUGGGUGAUGUAAUCAGUUCACUCACAGCAGUUCUAUUUCCAAUUGUCAACAAAGAUGCAAACAAUUCGGAGCAAAAUAGUAACGCAUCGACACCAGAUGAUGAUGGUGAAGGAAUUCUAAUCAACUCACCUCGAAUGAUUGAAGCACAACUCACUGAAUGUUCGGUUCGUAAAUUUGUUAUCGAUUUUCUGCGUGUUAUUGUUGUCGACUCGCUAUCAUUGUCCUCAUCGACGGGCAAAACAGCACCAGUUAUUGAUUUGGUUCUGGAUGCUUCGCCUGAAAACAGUGAUUCAACGCAGCAAAUUGCAUAUCAAACGGAAAUCAUUACCGCUCUCAUUGAUCAUUUACUGGCCGCAGAUGUGCUAGUCGGUGAACAGGCCGCAUUGCCAAUUGUUCCACUUCUACAAAGUCAUGUACAGAAUAUUGCGCCAAAUGUAUUUUAUCUAACGGCACGUAUUGUCGAUAAGAUGUGGCAGGGUCAGCUGAAAAAAGAUCCACAUGAAAUUUUUGAUUUUAUCAUUAAAUUAAUUGGACAAGCAAAACGUCGCUCGUCAUCGUUAUCACUCGAACAGCUACAUCAUUCGCUGAAUCGAAUCAUCUUGUAUCUAUUAUCACGUCCGACCGAAACACUCACUGAUCAAACUGCAGUCUUGGAAACAUUACAUAAAUUAACAACGCAUCGCUUGCUCAUUUUUGGUGCCGGCAAUCAUGAGCUUGAUUUCAUCGGUUGCCUAACCUAUUGCCUACUACAAUUGACAGGAGAUCAUAAAAUUGAAUUGGAUGUGAAUUCGGCAAAUCGCAGCACUAAAUGGCAUGUCAGUCCGACGAAAGAAGAUAUUGAAACGCGUGAUCAAUUAUUGAAUCAGCAUCAAGGUAAAAAUUUAAUUGUGAGUGCAACGAUUCGCGUAUGGGAGGAAUUGUAUGUAUGUAAGAAGCCUGCAAUUGAAGAAGUGUUCAAAAUAUCUCUAACCACACCACCGAAUAAUGCAAAAGCACCCACCUUAACGGCAACGAGAGAACAAUGCAUAGAUGCGGCCAGUAAACUUUGGUACAACUAUGUGGAUAUGGAACGGAAAGCUACUUAUCGGGUACCAUGGGAAUUUCACAAUCAAAUUCAGUCGAAAAUUCAAAAAGUCACCGGCGGACUUACACGAUUGGCAAGCCGAACAAAGGUCAAGAAGGAGGAAUAUGUGAAGACAAAAUCUCAAAUUACCAAGAGUCAAGCAAUUGAGUGGACCGACAUAAAUGUCGGUUUGGUGAAAGAUUUAUGCGAUCAACGAUAUGUGCAACAUGUAAAUAUGACACAACAUACCCUUCGAUAUGUAUGUCAAGAUUGGUUGCAAUCUGAACGUGAACUUAUUCGGGAACGAGGUCUAUGGGGUCCGAUUAAGAAAAAUUAUUUGGACAAAUGGAUACUCGAUUCAACCGAGGGUCCACAUCGAAUGCGAAAAAAGACCAUGCGCAAUGAUCAAUUUUAUUCACAAUACAUUUAUCGGCCAGAGCUAGAAGAUCCGGAAAAUAGGCAACUAAAAUACAAAGUUGCAACGAGCUUUGAUAGCAAACCAUUUUUCAAAUUUUGCCAAUUACCACCGAGAGUUUUAUGCGAAGAUGUGAGUACAUUCGAUUCGCAAAAAUCCGAAAAAACUCAGAGUCUUUCACCGACUCAAAGUCCAAGCGAACAAUUGCCAACAUUGUCACGUGCACAAAGUGAACCGGGUGCUGAAGAGGCUGAGAAUGAAGGCGAAGAAGAAGUCUCAUUAAUAUCAGACAAUCAAACGCUGUUGCGUAUGCUUGAAGAGCAAGAGAAAAUUUCGCACAUGUUUCGAUGUGCUCGAAUCCAAGGUUUGGACACAUAUGAAGGCCUGUUGCUAUUUGGCAAAGAAUAUUGUUAUGUAAUCGAUGGAUUUACACUGAUUAAAAAUCGAGAGAUUCGUGACAUUGAUUCAUUGCCAUCCGGUGCAUAUGAUCCAAUUUUGCCCAGUCCGAAUAGUCCGCGACGCUCACCACAAACAAUGCGGCAAUGCUCAAAAUUCUCGUAUGAAGACAUUCGUGAAGUACACAAACGACGAUAUUUACUGCAACCAAUUGCUUUGGAAGUAUUUUCGGGCGAUGGACGUAAUUAUUUGUUAGCGUUUCCACGAAAAGUGCGAAAUAAAGUCUAUCAACGAUUCAUGGCAUUGGCCACAGCGAUUGCCGAUAAUGCACAGCAAUCGGUGGCAGGACAAAAGCGAAAUGCAAGCGUUGAACAAACAUCGGGAAUUUUCAGUAGUUUGAUUGGCGAAACAUCAGUUACACAACGCUGGGUGCGAGGUGAAAUAUCAAAUUUCCAAUAUCUGAUGCAUUUAAACACAUUGGCUGGACGUUCUUAUAAUGAUCUCAUGCAGUACCCAGUGUUCCCUUGGAUUUUAGCCGACUACGAUAGUGAAGAGCUGGAUUUAAGCAAUGCGAAAACAUUCCGUAACUUUGCAAAACCAAUGGGUGCGCAAAGCUCCGAACGAUUGGAACAGUUUCAAAAACGAUUCAAGGAAUGGGAUGAUCCACAUGGUGAAACACCACCAUAUCAUUAUGGUACUCAUUAUUCAUCGGCCAUGAUUGUAUGCUCUUAUUUAGUUCGCAUGGAACCAUUUACGCAGCAUUUUCUACGUUUGCAAGGUGGCCAUUUUGAUUUGGCAGAUAGAAUGUUUCACAGUGUCAAGGAAGCAUGGCUAUCGGCAUCAAAAUUCAAUAUGGCCGAUGUAAAAGAGUUAAUUCCAGAAUUCUUCUAUUUGCCAGAGUUUUUGCAAAAUUCCAACAAUUUUGAUUUGGGUACAAAGCAAAACGGAGAUACAUUAAAUCAUGUCAUUCUACCGCCAUGGGCAAAACAAGAUGUGCGGGAAUUCAUUCGUGUUCAUCGGCAAGCACUUGAGUGUGACUAUGUGAGCCAGAAUUUACAUCAGUGGAUCGAUUUGAUUUUCGGUUGUAAGCAGCAAGGGAAUGCAGCUGUAGACGCCACAAAUGUAUUUCAUCAUUUGUUCUAUGAAGGCAAUGUUGAUAUUUACAACAUUGACGAUCCGUUGAAAAAGAAUGCCACCAUUGGAUUCAUCAAUAAUUUCGGACAAAUUCCAAAACAAUUAUUCAAGAAAGCGCAUCCUUGUAAGAAAAUGUCGUCGAGUCGCACAUCCAUCAUUGACGCCAAUCCCCUGUUAUCAUCGACAGUUGCACAGAAUGACAAAUUAUUUUUCAAUAAUUUGGACAGUUUGAAACCGAGUUUGCAACCAAUCAAAGAACUGAAAGGGCCAGUGGGUCAAAUAAUUCAUCCCGAUAAAACGGUUUUGGCGGUUGAACAAAAUAAAGUGUUAAUGGCGCCAACAUUUUCACGGUAUAUUGCAUGGGGUUUUGCCGACCAUUCUCUGCGUAUCGGGAUGUAUGAUUCGGAUCGUGCACUGUUUGUGUGUGAAGCAUCGGCUCAAAACUCGGGCGAAAUAUUGGCGUGCGCGUGUCCAAAUGCAAGAACAAUUGUAACGGCCGGCACGAGUUCGGUGGUGACUGUGUGGGAAUUUGAUAGUCGUCGAAAAUCAUUGACGGUUAAACAUUCGCUGCAUGGUCACAUCGAUGCUGUGACUUGUUUGGCAGCAAGUACACCAUACAAUAUGAUUGUGUCCGGUUCGAGAGAUGGAACAGCUAUUGUAUGGGAUAUGUCGAGAUUCACAUUUGUACGUCAAUUAAGCGAUCACGUUGGACUUGUUGCGGCCGUCAGCAUUAACGAUUUGACUGGUGACAUUGCAACGUGUUCAGCGACUUGGCUACACAUUUGGUCGGUUAAUGGUGAUCCAUUGGCCACCGUAAAUACAAGCAUCGGCAGUGCUGAUCGAAUGCAGCAAAUAUUGUGCGUAACAUUUUCAACGGCACGUGAAUGGGAUCAGCAAAAUGUUGUAAUUACUGGAUCAACUGACGGUGUCGUACGUUGCUGGUCAAUUGAAUAUGUACAAAAGCCGAUUGAAAAGGACGAUGCAAAUGAAACGUUUGAUACGAAAGACAACGACAAUAAUGACAGCUCCAAUAAAUCAUCGCUUGAUGAAAGUGCGAUUAAUACAUCUGUAGAAAUAGCGAAGGUCGAUUUGAUUAAACAAAUCAGUAUCACACAAGAAGAAGCUUUAGUGAAGUCUGGUUCGGAAAGUAGUAUAUCUGAAGCGUGUGAUAACACGAAAAAUGCUCAACCAGAAUUAAUUGAUCGUGGUAGAUCAAUCGAAACGGACGAUACAACAAAGACAAUACGAAAGGAGAUUUUGGAUGUACCAAUAGCCAAUAUGAGCAAACGUGGCAGUUUGACAAGUGCAAAAUCUUUACACGAGUUGAAACGUGAACCAAUGAUCGAUGAGCCGUCUAGAAAUCAAGACACAAACACUGUUGGCAGCGAUGUAAAAACAACAACUGCAGAUGAAGCACCUAGCAGUACGAAAGGUAUUCGACCAAGUAAAUCGGAGACGAGCAUCAUUGAUUCAUUUGUCGUGGUUGAAAACGAAUACGCUCGAAGGAAGAACAACGCAAACAUGCUGCGUGAAGGUUUUAUGUGGCAUCGUCAAUUAGUAUUUCGUUCAAAAUUAACAAUGCACACGGCAUAUGAUCGCAAAGAUAAUACAGAACCAGCAAGUAUAACGGCACUGGCUGUAUCAAAAGAUCAUAAAACAUUGUAUGUUGGCGACGCCAGAGGUCGGGUGUUCUCAUGGAGUGUAACGGAGUUGCCGAAUCGUGGUAUGGCAGAUCAUUGGUUAAAAGAUGAAGGUGCCGAUCAAUGCGUGAACUGUCAUGUUAGAUUCUCAUUGUAUGAACGGAAACAUCAUUGCAGAAAUUGUGGACAAGUAUUUUGUAAUAAAUGCAGUCGCUUUGAAUCGGAAAUAUCACGUUUACGUAUAUUGAAACCGGUUCGCGUUUGCCAGACAUGCCAUGCAACACUGAGGCAAAAUUCAGUCGAUUCACAAUAAGAAUGUUACGAAAAUGUAGGAAUUAUAAAAAAAAACAUCAUCCUUACACAUACGUGGAAAAAACAACAACAACAUCAUUUAACUUACAAAUUCAUAUUUAUUGGAACAGUUAUAUAUAUACACAAACACAAAAAAAAAAACAUUCAUAAAUAACUAAUAUUAUAGAAUAUGUAGAUUAGAAAAUUAGAGCAAGUUCGUGUAAAUUCAGCAACAACAGAUAAAAAUUAUUUUAGUGGACCGAAAUGCAAUAAUUUAUAGCCUGAAGAGAAUCGAGCAAGCAAAAUGUUGAAUGAGAAAAAUGAGAUCUAUAUCAAAUCAUAUAUUAUUAUUAAAAAAAAAAAUAUUUUUUUCGUAGAAAACCACACAACGAUCGAUUGUAUUUGUAUCAAUCGUUGUUCUAUAAAUGGAAAAGGAGUAGAGACUAAUACUGCAUGAGAUAUUAUUUUCUCUAAUAAUCUGUGAACAAAAAAAUGGAUAUUUAUUUUAUUUUUACUAUUUUAUUUUACUGAAAGUUUGUUUGUUAUUUUGAGUGUUUUUUUUUACUUUAUAAUUUUAGUUUGACGUGAUAGACAAAAUGAAAUUCCAUUGAAAUGCUGUUUUUAAAAUGCGUGAAUAUUUUUAUUUUAUUUUUUAGCUUUUAAUCGAUAUAUUUAUUUUAAGUGAAAUUGAUAAAAAAAUCUCUGAGCAAAGCCAUCUCUGCAUAUGAUCUAAACAAUGCGCUUUUCUUUCGUUGACUUGAUUUUUUGCAUUAAAUAAAUUGAUGAAGCCUUUUUCCUGCUUUCAAAUUCUGUACUGAAGAAUAAAUUAACUUUUGGUUCCAAUUUGUUAAUUGCAUAUUUUGCAGUCAUCAAUUUGCGUACGCAUUGUAAUAACAUAAAUGUUGUAGUAGAAUUUGAUUUUAUUUGAAUUAAAACAAGUGUUUGUAGCUAAAAUUGUAAACAAAACAACAACCAAAAAAAAAAAAAAUUACAAAUGAAUGUAUCAAGCAAUGAGCAUAAAAGAACAAACCAAAGACACAAUAAACACCUGAAGUGACAUUUAACAUG